AUGAACCAAGGCAAACACGAACACCUGAGCGAAAACGUGCGGAAGGUGCUGGCCAAAAAACAGAGGAAAAAGCUCAAGGAGGAAAGAGAGCUCUACAAGGCCACCAAGGCGAUUAGCACCCAAAACAAUGCCCAAAGGAAAAUCAACGCCCAAAACCAGCUCUCCUCCAGCAGCUUCGUAAGCAAAAUGAAAGACAUAAACAAAGCGUUCCCUCACAUCAGAACAAAGGAGGACAAAAAUUAUAUGAAGGAGAAUUUGAUGAAGAUCCAGGAGAAGGCGUCUCUACAGAAGAAGGUCUUGGAGGAGAAGGAAGAAGCGAAGAAUAAGAAGCCUUUCAAAAUGAAGCGAUUUGAGAAUGUGGCUUCCAAGGUGGCUAAGCAUCUGCAGAGGGCGGGGGAGUGCCCCCUGGGCGUCACCAAGGCCACGCAGCAGAAGCGGGUGGAGGAGCAGCAUGUUGAGCAGCAGCACGUGGGGGAGGGAGAGGAAGCACAGUACGAGGAGGGGGAAGAAGUAGAGUACGAGGAGGAAGAAGUAGAAUAUGAGGAAGAAGAAGUAGAGCAUGAGGGGGAAGAAGCAGAGUAUGAGGGGGAAGAAGAAGUAGAGUAUGAGGGUGAAGAAGAAGUAGAAUAUGAGGAGGGAGAAGCAGACUACGUGGAGGAGGAAGAAGCAGAAUAUGAGGAGGAAGAAGCAGAAUAUGAGGAGGAUGAAGCAGACUACGUGGAGGAGGAAGCGGAGCACCGGGAGGCGCCCGGCAAAUCCCAAGGGGAGAAGCGCGAAGACGCAGCCGCGGAGGCAGCAGCGGAAGCCGCCCCUGCAAGCGCGCCCGCUAAACGCGAAAGCAGUAUCAUAGAUAAACUCUCAAAACGGGGGAGCCAACUGCGGAGCAGCGAGAAGGGGAAGCGAGACAAUCUCCACAAGAACUUUGGAAAGCUACCCACCUACAUGCUGAAGAAAAAAAAGGACAUUGUAGAUGAGUCCACGGACGUACCCGAGGGCUACAGAGUCCUGAAGAACGACGAGAGGAGCUACGUCCUAAAGGAGCUGCACUCACAACUGACGGAGGCAACACAGGAAUACAAGAGCAACAAAGACAAGGCCCGGAAAAUAGAGCUCGGCAAAAGGCUCAAAGAAAUCAAGGAGUCCAUUGAGCUCUUCAGCAAGCCGCACGUCCUCGUGAACGAAAAUUUCUAG